AGCUCGUUAAAGUUUGAUUAGAGGGUUUGGAGGGUUAAGAUGUUACAGAAUUACAGUUUCAAUCUGGCAACUCUGUUGGGAAAACUCACAGCAACCUGGCAACCUGGCGCGCAGAGAAACGUGGGCUGAGCGCUCGGCGACGCGCUCACACAGCCGGAGUUUCCACACACCAGAAAGUGAUCGCGGGUCAGAAACGGGCGCGCGAGCUUGGACCGAGAAGUGUUGCGGAUUAACCGAGUUUAACGCAUACAGGGAGGCUCACGCGGAGCCACGGAAACCCGGAACGGAAACCUCGGCGUGUCGGAGCGGUGAGCGAUGCGCUGGCACCAUGGCCAAAUGGUUCAAGGAGCACCUGGGAUUCAAGAGCGCCAAAGCCUCGCCGCCGGCGCCUCCGAGACCGGACUACCGGCACUGCCACGCGGCCGCCGCAGCAGCUUACCAACACGCGGGCACUGGCACCGGAGGCGCGAGCUACCCGAGCCCCGCGCAGCCGGAUAUCCUCGCCGCGUACAAACUCCAGAAAGAGCUGGACUUCGAGGACCCGUACGCGGCCGGCGCCAACACUCCUUUCUCGGGCGCAGCGCUCUCGGAGGUGAAGUACGUGUCCCCGAAACACCGGCUCAUCAAAGUGGAGACGCUGGAGAGGAGCUGCGCGAGCCCGAGUGCUGGCGGAGGCGGAGGCGGCGGCGGAGGUGGUGGUGGUGGCGGCGGUGGCAGCGCGAGCCAGGCAGCUGCAGGGAGCGCGAGAUCUCCCACAUCCCCACCCGCCGAGCACGAGACUAAGCAGGACAAGGUGAUCAUCCUGGAGGACUACGCGGACCCUUUCGAUGCUGCGGAUCAAGCAGGUGGCACCCAGAGCAGUGUGGAGAAGCCGGUGGAGAACGAUGGCUACAUGGAGCCGUACGAGGCUCAGAAGAUGAUGGCUGAGAUCCGAGGGAGUCGUGGUGUAAAGGACGGCCCAGCUCGGCAGCUUCCCUUGUACGACACCCCAUACGAGCCUGCGGAGAAUGGUGGGGAUUCGGACCCUCUAUGUUCACGCGAGAGCAGACUGCCUCAGGAUGAUGAGAGGCCGCCGGAGGAGUACGAUCAGCCCUGGGAGUGGAAGAAAGAACGCAUCUCGAAGGCCUUCGCAGUAGAGAUUAAAGUGAUAAAGGACCUCCCGUGGCCUCCUCCUGUUGGCCAGCUCAGCACUACGUCCCCCCUGGUGGAGGUGGUUGAGGCUCCUCCUGCUCCUCAGCAGGCGUCCCAGCUCUCACCUGGACAGAGCGCCUCAGGCUGUGAGCAGCACCACCAGGUCCAGUUCGAGGGGGUGGAGAAAGGCAGGAUGUCUCCGACGAAAGACGGGAAGUCGAGGCCACCCCAGCGCCACUCCAGCGGCUGCCUGGUCAACAUGAAGAUGAGUUCGGUGGAGCAGUGUAUGCCGACACUGGGCGAGCGCAUCGACCCCACCAUGCCACUGGAGAGCCAGUUCUGGUAUCACGGAGCAAUCAGUCGAACGGACGCUGAGUCAUUGCUGAGGUUGUGUAAAGAGGCCAGUUACCUAGUGAGAAACAGCGAGACCAGCAAGAACGACUUCUCCCUCUCUCUCAAGAGCAGCCAGGGUUUCAUGCAUAUGAAGCUGUCGCGAACCAAAGACAACAAGUACAUCCUGGGCCAGAACAGCUGUCUGUUCGACAGCGUGCCGGAGAUCAUCCACUUCUACUCCAGCCGCAAGCUGCCAAUCAAAGGAGCCGAGCACAUGUCCCUCCUGUACCCCGUGGCCAUCCGGACACUUUAGCCUCCAGUCUAGAAGUUGAUCGGUGAACAAACGGCGUGUAGAUGCCUGUUACAGAUGGAUUGAAUAUCCAUCAUCUGCAUUUACAGCAGCAUCUUAUAAUGUUUGAUGACUGAUAUGGUGUGUGUUAAGCCUUUGUGAAUGGCUGCUUGUACACAGUGCUACUGGAACACUCUCCAGCAGAGACUGGAAGACUUCAGAGGCUUUAAAAAAGCCCUCACCUUCCCACUGAUGGUGUCAAAUCUCAAGUCUUUUUUAAUUUACGCCGAGUCAUACCUUCAGCUCAGUGGAUUAUGGAGACCACACUGACCACACAAAGCAGACUAAUCUGUAAAUAAUAUGUUUUCCAGCAGCUCUAUUGCGCACCCUCAUCCCUUUCCGCUGACAUUUCCUGUUCAUGUGGACUUAAAACCCUGAGCUUUGGCCUGCACCCACACUUUGAUUGUUUGGUCUCAUGCAUACUGUAAUAAAAUCUCACGCAAACCAUUUGUGGACAUUUCUGAACUCCAGGAUGUCGUAUAAACUGCUGUUUUGUUAACACUAGUGAAUCGAUUGUGAUACCACAACUCAUUUGAACUUCCUGAAAGGAUUCUAGCAUGUGUUUUUGUCUUCAGUGUGAUAAGUUCCAAGAUGACAAAUUGGAGGAAAUUUUGUUUGUAUUUCUAUCAAAAUUAUGCUCUCUGAAAGAGAGUCAGCCUGAAUUAGCAGGAAAGAUUAGCGAGAGACUAAUGCCGUGUCCUAUAAAGUUGCUGUUCCCUACAAAGAGUAACAUACAUUAUGUAUAUUCUUCACCCUUUAGGAUACAUUGUUUAAACAUUAAAGUUGACAAACACCUACAUGACACCUACAUAAAUCUUUCAAGACAACAGACACAAACCCACAUAAGCAUUUAUGAAGACUUAGUGCAUCAGUUACUGUUUACAGGAACUGCUUUCUUCAGCAUAAUGUCAAGUUGACAUUACCUCCUUAUGUCAAGUGACAAAUUUUCAUUGACAUACAUUUGUGUUAUGACACUUUCUAGGCUGACGCACAUUAGAAUGUCAGGACAACUGACUUUGUAGCUCUUUUUGUAUGUCAGGUUCACAUGAUGGUGUUGCAUGUCAAACAUCAAAAUCAAACUCAUUUUAAAUUGUGACGAAAUAUACAUAACUCCAACAUAACAUUGUAAUGGCAUCAUCAUGAGUAUUCAUCAUAAUAAAUUAGAAGUUCAUUGAGCUAUAAAGUCAGUUGUCAUGAUGUUCUGUGUGAAUUUUAAUAACACAACCCUGUCAUUUGUCUUAGAGGUUAUGAAGAAAGCUUCUUUUUUUCAAAAGCCAUUAUAAAUGUUGUUUACAUGUUUGGGGGGGGGGGGCGCUGUAUGCCACCGUCCCCUCUUCGGAGGACUUUGUUAACACUUUAUAAAGUUCCUUUUUUGGACUGUUAAAGCUACCCCUAUUAGAGAGAGAGGAGAAAAAAAAAUUAAAUGGUUCCCCGAGUGGUGCAAGAGAAAAGCAUUCGCCCUCUUGUUCGGAGAUUAUGAGGUCGAAUCCCAUGAUGCCACAGCCAUCAGUGGCCAGGAGUCCGAGACAGCAAAAGUGGACAUGCUCUGUGAGUGGAAGGGAUGGCAUUCUCUGUCUCCCCGUCAUUCACAGCAGCACAUGUUAUUCAUGGGUGUCUGUAGGCUUACAUAUAUGGAAGAGGGCAGAUAACGUUUUCCGCCGAGUGUGUUACGCUGCCCUGUAAGGUUCGAAAAGAUUCAGCUCACAUGUCUCGGAGGAAGCAUGUUAGCCUUCCUCUCCCUGGUUUGUAGCUGUCGUAGGCAGCUAAUACAUGGGAGAAAAAUAAAUAUAUACAUAUUUCUACAUAUAUGUAAAAAUGUUUAUGCAGGUUUGUGUCAUGAAGGAUUUAUGUACUUGUAUAAUUACCACCCUUAAGUAAAGUGUUCACAGAUUACCGGAGUGUCUUUGUUAGCUCUAAAACUAUCUUUCCAUUCCAAUCUGAUCUUUGUACCAGUUGCACACAACAUACAAGUUGCAUUAAAAAAAUACAAGUGCAGAUUUAGUGCAUUUGAACAGAGCCAAAAAUUCAGAUAGUUCAGAUAAUAGGCAACGUAUUUGACUUGAGACUGAAUGCCCUAGUGUGGCUAAGUGAAGCGUGAAAAAGGAUGUUUCAGGCGUUUCAUAAAAAUGAGCCACUUUACAUUCAAUCCCCCCUCAGCUUAAGACUCUCGUGACUAGGGAGAAUGAAAUAUGUCUGCAUUGUCUACCUCAGAAAAUCAAUUUAAUUCCACCCAUCAGCCAAUCAAUAAGGUACAAUAAGAUUGCAGAUAUCGAUCCAGCUCCCUUUUCCUCUCGUCCAUUUCCACCAAAUUGUACCUUGGCUUUACAAAGAGGUUGUCUUGGUUAAGCUCAAUCAGAAGUUGGUUUCCUGUGCUCUUGUGCUCACCCACUUGUUUUUACGAUCAUUUGUAUGUAAAUGUUACUCUGUACUAGUACGUGAUGCCAGUGACAUCCUUUGGGUUCAUGCCUUAUACUGUAGAUGCAUGGUGAGGAAAAAUAAUCAGUCCACAUGUUAAACUGAUUUUUCUUUUUUUUUUUUUCCAAAAAACUUCUGCUUUAAAUGAAUGUUCUGUGACUGUAAUUUAUUAUAGAGUGAUUAUUAUAUAGCUGUGUUUUACUCGCAGACAAGGUGACUGAGACCCUUUUAUGUUCUCUCUGUUCAGUUCUUUGUGUGUGUGUGUGUGUGCGUGUGUGUGUGUGUGUGUGAGAGAGAGAGAGAGAGAGAGAGAGAGACUAUGAGUUUGUGUAUACAAAGCAAAGGGAUUAGCAUACUCAAAAAAAUUCUAUGGUGCUUGUGCGUAUGCUAUUGAUCUGUUUGUUUUCCACAUGAUGCCCUGUUACAGAUUUCUGUGUGUUGCGUAAACAUGAUGCACAGCCUGAUUGUGGUACAGACCAAAACCCGGAAUAUGCAAUGGUUUCUCCCGUCUUUGUGCUUUUGUUGCCUGAUUGUGAGCCUCUCAGCAGGCAAGUCUGCUUAUGAAAAGGCCUUAUUUAAUCAUCUUUAUUGCUGGGGAAGCGAAGCCUUGCAGGUCUUGGAAAUAACGAGGAGCCGAGAUGAAAGUCGCUAAUUAAACUCGUAAACCUUUAAACCCAUAAUGCGAACCAUUUUGAGUCGCAUACAGUGUCGAAUGCAUUUAGAUUUAGAUUUAGAACUGCUUGCAUCAUGAAGCUUGGAAAUAAUUUUUUUAAUGAUUACAAAAAAAAAAAAAACAGAUGCAGUGGUACAGCAAGACCUGUCAAAGGUUUGUGUCUCAAGUUCCCAUAAUUCUUAUGGGCUUGAUGAAGAGGGGAGGAAAAUACAUGCGCCUAUGUGUCUUGGAUUUUCUAGAUGUGUUUUUGUGUUGUUUUUAGAUUGAGUUCUCUGACUGUCUAAUCCAAACUUUAAAAAGGGACUGGAAGACUGUUGUUACAUUUACAUCGGAAGAAUUACUGCUUGAUUUUUGUUACAGCAAGACACUACAGGUGAAUAAAAUAUUAGAUAUCACAGUUAAUAUUUGCCACUUGGUUGCUGAUAUUCUUAAAAGUAUUUUUGUGUUGGAACUUAAAAAAUACAUUUAUUUAAAUGAGGUUUCAUCUAAUCAAAUAUGUCUAUCAAACAAUCUAGUUUUUGGAUUAUGUUCGAAUUAAAAUGUUUAUUUCACUAUGUAGAUUUUCUCUCAAGAGAAAGGCUUUUACAGAACAGUUUGUUGGAAUAUCAUUUCAUUAUUGUUUAUCCAAGAAAACACAGUGAGCUGUGAUGCAAAAGAAGCCACUUUUUCAGUAUAAAUGUAAUAUCUAAUGUAAAUCCAACAAUUAUCAUCAUCAACAUUUUGAGGAGUUCUUCAGUUUAUAAAUAGGGAAAAAAUGAAGAUAUAAAAUUUCAUUAAUGCAGUUCAUCCAGAAACUGAGAUUUUGGAUCCUGAAUAUAAGGGGAAAAAUUAUUUUCAGAAAAUCACUAAAAAUGUGUUUUAAAAAUACACUGGUUUAAUGUGUUUCCCCUCUAUUUAGUGUGAUUUAUAAGGUUUAAAAAUGACUUGUAUAUCACGUGACUUGGCAAAAACAUUCAUUAAUUUUUUUUGUUGAGUUUUAAUAUUUCUAUUAUUACAGUAGAAGGGAAAACCUUAAUGGAACUGAUCCAAAAAUCUGAAAAAUCGAACGACUGACUUGGCCAAAAGUGUCAUUUUUCACCUGUAGUGUCUUGCCUUAUUUUGAGGAUGUACAACGUUUGUAUCCAAGUGGCCUAUGUCGUAGUCGGGUUCCGAAUGUAUACUAACAGGAGGUUAUUUUUACAUAAAGUCUAAUCUGUUUUAAAAAAAUAAAAUAAAAAACAGAGUGUAUGACCGGCAUGUUCAGGUAUCAGAUGACACACAGGAUUGUAAAAUAAUUAUCAGAUGCUGGCAGAUGGGAGACAGGAAAAAAAAAGGUUUGUUGUGUGAUGGCAGGUCUGAGGAUGAAUAGCAGGAAGACAGGAUAAUGGGGGAUGGAGGAGGAGAGGAUGAUAAAGCCCUUCAUUCUGCUUCGUUGUGUCUGUUAGAGCAUCUCACUUUGUGUAGACAAGUGUUUUCUAGUAAGAUGUGUGUGUGUGUAGUUGUGUGCGUGAUGCUGACGCUUCCCUCAGCUCUAUUCAGAUGGAUGCGCUAUUCACCCAUGUGUGUUGUGUGUGUGUGUGUGUGUGCGCGCAUGUGCGUGUGUGUGUCCUCAACCAUACACUGUCGCCUCACCGGAAUCUAAUAUUUGUGUGUAAGUUAGUUUCCUCCUGUGUAUGCACUAAUAGAACAUAUCUGUACACUUUCAUGGCCAAAUGUAUAUACUGAAUGUAAUAAACGGGGAUGUGGAGGCCUUGAGGUUCAAGAAAUAAAGAGUUUAUGGGUCUGAA